AUGGUUCACUUGGUUGUUCACCUUGUUGAAGAGGUUAAACUUGGAGGUCCUGUUCAUUAUCGAUGGAUGUAUCCUGUUGAAAGGUACUUGGGAAAACUUAAAUCGCAUGUACGUAAUAAGGCAAAACCAGAAGGGUCUAUUGCAGAAGGAUACCAUUUUGAAGAGAUUCUUACAUUUUGUUCAAGAUAUCUAGAAAACAUUGAAACUAGAUGGAAUCAACCUGGACGUGUAGAUGAUGACCCUAUUGGUGAUAUCCAAAUAGGAUCACAUGUAGCCGAAAUAUUUCCUAUAUUUGGAAAACCAGUGGGUGGAUCUUCUUAUUACACCCUAACACCAAUUGAAAAGUUGCAGGCUCAUAGACACAUUUUGACAAAUUGUCCAAUAGUUGACGACUAUCUAAAGUAA